AUGAAUGAACUUCAAGUCAAAGACUAUAUUAGAAAGUUAUUUUUAUAUUACUAUGAGAAAGAAGGUGUACCACAACAUAUAGAUACAGUCUAUGGAUUCGUUGCGACGGGCAAACUUAAUUUGGAGAGUACACCACUAUAUAUUGAAUCAUUAGCAGAGAAAUUCCCAACAACCUACCAAUUGAAACACACAUCCCCUGAACAUAUUAAACAAAAAGGUCAACAACAACCAACACAACAAUCACAACUGCCAACAACAAAUAAACAAAAUACAAAUAGUGGUGGUAGUAGCAAUAAGUCAGAUGGAAAUAAUUUUAAAUACUACAACUAUGAAACAAAACAAUUUGAUAAAGAGAUACUGAAACAAGGCUUGAAUACAGACACAGCUAGAGACUAUGUCAACGAAUUAUAUACUGUGAUGACUGGCAGACUAGGCGAUCCUGCUUCAUCAAACUACUUGGUCACUUCAUUACUGAAUGGAAGCUUUACUCCACAGCAAGCAGAGUUUCAUGUUAAAUUUUCAAAAGAAGCAAAACAAUAUUCUCAAACGGUUAAAGUAAAAGAAGAUAAAAGAGCAAAGGCAGAAGAAUAUAUAUUUGAAUUGUUCAGAGUGUAUUGUGGUGAAGAUUAUAUAUGUACGGCAGAAGAGGUACUUCACUAUGUAAAACAGAUAGUAGAUGUACCAACACCAAACUAUCAGAACAUAGAAGACGAAAUCAAAUUGAAAGCAAUCGAUAAUGUAAAAGUACCGGCAAAGAAACCUUUUCACAAAUUCUUUUAA